CUGUUUAAUUUUCCCUGCACGCGCAUCGAGACGGUUUUCACGAAACGUCUCUGGCUAAUCGGCCAAACGUUGCCGUUUUGUCGAGGAAAAGCCAAUUUUCCUUCAGGCUUUUCAUUUCCCCGUGUUUGAAUAUAAGUUCCGUCAACAGAAAAACGCUCUUUUCGCUACGUAGUUAUAGAAAGUUGCAUUUUAGGUGCAUAAUUUUUAUUAUUUCGAAAAGUGAAUGUGAAAAACGUAACUCCGGUAAACGUGUCAGGCCAAGCCUCUUUAGGUACGAAGCAUUCAGUGGUGCGUACGGAAUUGAAAAUUAUCGUACUACAUAUCCGGUUCUUGUGUGUUUUGCUUAGCUGAAACGGCAAGCGAAGUGUAAAUUGAUGUGGAUUACUAGAUGGAAAAGGUGUGUGAAAUUGUUUGGCGUAGUGCUCUGAAUGUGUAGUGCGAAGUGACAGCAGCAGUAAAAACGAAUCGCAAACAUCCGCUAUUUGGAGCAGAAAUCAUUCCCGUGAAUUCAAAAUUCAACCCCAAAACGCGUUGUUCGGCAACAUGUCUCCCGCAUUCCUGGCGGUCAUCGCCGUCAUACUCUGCAUUCUGUUCCGGAUACUGAACGUCAGCAGCACGCCACAGAUCCCCAGCAUCGUCUGCAAAGAUGGCCAGUUUAUGGAGUGCUUCAACAAGAUUGCCCCGAUGCUACGGGAACCAUAUAUUCCAACCCGCCUGUGGGGCUUUAGCGGACACAUCCAGACAAUAAUUCACAGUAUUGUGGGGCGCGUCAAAUGUCCGUGGCCUCUAGGCGAACGAGUCUACCUUGCGCUGACGGACGGUUCCACGCUAACGUACGAUCUAUACCAGCCGCUAAUUACGACGGUCGAAGACGACAUUACCGUUGCCAUUUGUCCAGGAAUUGGCAACUCGUCCGAAUCGGUGUACAUUCGCACGUUUGUGCACUACGCCCAGUGCCACGGAUAUCGGUGUGCGGUGCUGAAUCAUAUCGGUGUCCUCGACAGUGUGCAGGUGACAUCGAGCCGAAUAUUCACGUACGGUCAUACGGACGACUACUCGGCAAUGAUAAAUAGCUUGUUAAAGAAGUAUCCCACGACAAACAUCGUGUCCGUCGGUUUCUCGCUCGGUGGUAACCUCAUCUCCAAGUAUCUCGGUGAGGCAAAGCGGCCGGCCAACAUCAUCGGUGGCGUUUCGAUCUGCCAGGGCUAUAAUGCGGUGGUUGCCACCCAAUGGUUGUUGAAGUGGCAAAACUUCCACCGAUUCUACCUGUACGUGCUGACCGAGAACGUGAAAAGCAUCAUCAUGAAGCACCGGCACGUACUGCUGUCGGACGACAUCAAGCAGCGGUAUCAGCUGAACGAGCGGGACAUUGCAGCUGCAGCUACGCUACCGGAGCUGGACGAAGCGUACACGCGCCGGGUGCAUCAGUUCCCAACGGUAAAGGACAUGUACAGCUGGAGCUCAUCGCUAAACUAUCUUGCCAACAUCAAACGACCGAUGGUGUUUGUGAACGCAAGGGAUGACCCACUGGUGCCGGAUAAUCUACUCGAACCGGUGAAACAAUUUGCCUCUAGCCACAACCAAUCGCUUUAUAUCGAGCUUGCAAACGGUGGCCAUCUCGGUUUCUAUGAGGGUGGUCUAGUAUAUCCGAAUCCAGUAACCUGGCUGGAUCGAGCGCUAGUGUCACUGAUUGGUGGCAUCGUGAUGUCACACAACGAUUUGCUGGUGGCGAAACGGACAGCGUCCUCAUCGGUGGUCAUUUAAGAUUCACUGCUACCAUUCUCUUCGAUCGGUGCACCACCACUAGCUGCAUCCGAGCUGAGCCAGCUGCUUAGCUAUGGACGGGCACGAUGGGGGUUGCUGUUUGCCGCCCUUCCAUCGACGCCCUCGGUGCGCGGUGUAGUUAUGGCCGUGCUGAAGCUGUUCCUUUCGUUACUGUUCCCGAAGCCAAAGGUUGAAUUUCCAACCGAAACACCGACAUAGAUCCAACGGUAGAUGGAGUUGGAAUGGAACGGUGUUUGGAGCCGUCCGAUGUGCCGAUGCGAGGUUAAAUGAUAUGAACUGGUAAUCAUUAAACAAAACAAACUGGAAGCACCGCGCACCUCCUUUACACCUUGCAUACCGAUAAUUGCUAUUAUCAACGGUGGCAUGACACGGCGACAAGACAUCUGAGAAGGAAAAUGAAACCGAACGAACGGUUCACACCGGCGAGCAAGCAUGUGAAGGAACAGCACGUGCGCCAUACAAAAUGCAUACCAUUAUUCGAAGGGAUUGGUCGUACGGAAGCGAACCAUGGUUCGUUCGAAUGAUGAAGCGAUGGGAUUUAUUCGCUUCUAAAAACAGGAAGAGGAGCACAAAUUAUACUAAACACCACCACCAUCACCACCAUCAUAUCCCAGCACUGCUACUGGCUGGAACGAGGAAAGUGGUGUUGUUGACGCAUCAAGCCCCAGUGCACGAUUAGCGGGAAGGAAAGCAUUAAGUGAGCAUUAUUAUUUAAGAAUGAAACAUAAGGGCAGGCAAAGCUUGCACUGUACGCUGAAGGGCAGCAGAAACAGGAAGCAAAGCAUGCACGUGGAUGCAUAGCAAAUGUGCUGUUUUCGAAUAUAUACACUACACCAUAUUUCCUUUAACUUCACACUAGGUAUAACCAGUACUAUAAGUCAUCAUCUUCAUCUCGUAGCUAUACUGUCCGUGUGCGUCCCUUUGCUAACUCGCGUUUAUCCAUUAUUUUUGUUAGUAUCUAAGAUCUUAUGUUUUCUUUGCUUCUCUAUCUGCCGAUACCAUUAGCUAAUGCACCGAAAUUGUAACGUGUUCGUUUGUCCUCGAAAUAGGACAAACCCGUGGCUCGUUUUUCUACCGCUGCAUAGUUAAUACGGCUCUCAUCGCUAUUAUCAUCGGUAUCAAUAUUAGCGAGUCAUAGCAUCAUAACUAUUUUAACGCUUGACAAAGAGGAAAGGACAAAGCCACACGUUGCACGAUGUAUGUAUACGUAUUUAAUCGAUGUAUGUACCGUACCGGUAAUUCGUCCUCCAAGGGAGCGCGUAUUUUAUGAACGUGGUAGCAGUCGCAAAAUGUGAUGAAAAUCAAACAAAUUUAACAGUUUUUCGGACUUUGUCCGAAUCCGAAUUCCGGUAACAGUGGCAUCAUCCUACAUAGGUUUGUCUCUUUACACACAGUGAGGCAAUGCUGCCCAUAC